AUGUGUGUUUUUGGUUUUCCUGAGGAGUCUCCUGGUUUUGCUAGUCAGGGUUCUGGCUUUGCUGAGGAGGGCUCUGAUUUGACUGAGGCAAGUUCUGGUUUUGCUGAGAAGGGCCCUGAUUUGGCAGAGAAGGGUUCUGGUUUGGCAGAAGCAGAUUCUGGUUUUGCUGAGGAGGGCUCUGAUUUGGCAGAGAAGGGUUCUGGUUUGGCUGAGGCAAAUUCUGGUUUUGCUGAGGGGGGCUCUGAUUUGGCAGAGAAGGGCUCCGAUUUGGCUGAGGCAAAUUCUGGUUUUGCUGAGAAGGGCCCUGAUUUGGCAGAGAAGGGUUCUGGUUUGGCAGAAGCAGAUUCUGGUUUUGCUGAGGAGGGCUCUGAUUUGGCAGAGAAGGGUUCUGAUUUGGCUGAGGCAAAUUCUGGUUUUGCUGAGAAGGGCCCUGAUUUGGCAGAGAAGGGUUCUGGUUUGGCAGAAGCAGAUUCUGGUUUUGCUGAGGAGGGCUCUGAUUUGGCAGAGAAGGGUUCUGGUUUGGCUGAGGCAAAUUCUGGUUUUGCUGAGGGGGGCCCUGAUUUGGCAGAGAAGGGUUCCGAUUUGGCUGAGGCAAAUUCUGGUUUUGCUGAGGAGGGCUCUGAUUUGGCAGAGAAGGGUUCUGGUUUGGCUGAGGCAGAUUCUGGUUUUGCUGAGGAGGGCUCUGAUUUGGCAGAGAAGGGUUCUGAUUUGGCAGAAGCAAAUUCUGGUUUUGCUGAGAAGGGCCCUGAUUUGGCAGAGAAGGGUUCUGAUUUGGCUGAGGCAAAUUCUGGUUUUGCUGAGAAGGGCUCUGAUUUGGCAGAGAAGGGGAUUUGGCUGGUUUGGAGGCAAAUUCUGGUUUUGCUGAGGAGGGCUCUGAUUUGGCAGAGAAGGGUUCUGAUUUGGCUGAGGCAAAUUCUGGUUUUGCUGAGAAGGGCCCUGAUUUGGCAGAGAAGGGCUGAGAAGGGCUCUGAUUUGGCAGAGAAGGGUUCCGGUUUGGCUGAGGCAAAUUCUGGUUUUGCUGAGGAGGGCUCUGAUUUGGCAGAGAAGGGUUCUGGUUUGGCUGAGGCAAAUUCUGGUUUUGCUGAGGAGGGCUCUGAUUUGGCAGAGAAGGGCUCCGAUUUGGCUGAGGCAAAUUCUGGUUUUGCUGAGAAGGGCCCUGAUUUGGCAGAGAAGGGUUCUGGUUUGGCAGAAGCAGAUUCUGGUUUUGCUGAGGAGGGCUCUGAUUUGGCAGAGAAGGGUUCUGAUUUGGCUGAGGCAAAUUCUGGUUUUGCUGAGAAGGGCCCUGAUUUGGCAGAGAAGGGUUCUGGUUUGGCAGAAGCAGAUUCUGGUUUUGCUGAGGAGGGCUCUGAUUUGGCAGAGAAGGGUUCUGGUUUGGCUGAGGCAAAUUCUGGUUUUGCUGAGGGGGGCUCUGAUUUGGCAGAGAAGGGUUCCGAUUUGGCUGAGGGCUCUGAUUUGGCAGAGAAGGGUUCUGAUUUGGCUGAAGCAAAUUCUGGUUUUGCUGAGGAGGGCUCUGAUUUGGCAGAGAAGGGUUCUGAUUUGGCUGAGGCAAAUUCUGGUUUUGCUGAGGAGGGCUCUGAUUUGGCAGAGAACAAGAUUUGGCUGAGAGCAAAUUCUGGUUUUGCUGAGUUUGGCUCUGAUUUGGCAGAGAAGGGUUCUGGUUUGGCUGAAGCAGAUUCUGGUUUUGCUGAGGAGGGCUCUGAUUUGGCAGAGAAGGGUUCCGAUUUGGCUGAGGCAAAUUCUGGUUUUGCUGAGGGGGGCUCUGAUUUGGCAGAGAAGGGCUCCGAUUUGGCUGAGGCAAAUUCUGGUUUUGCUGAGGAGGGCCCUGAUUUGGCAGAGAAGGGUUCUGAUUUGGCUGAAGCAAAUUCUGGUUUUGCUGAGGCAAAUUCUGGUUUUGCUGAGGAAGGCUCUGAUUUGGCAAAGAAGGGUUCCGAUUUGGCUGAGGCAAAUUCUGGUUUUGCUAAGGAGGGCCCUGAUUUGGCAGAGAAGGGAUCUGGUUUGGCAGAAGCAGGUUCUGGUUUUGCUGAGGAGGGUUCUGAUUUGGCUGAGGCAAAUUCUGGUUUUGCUGAGGAGGGUUCUGAUUUGGCAGAGAAGGGUUCUGGUUUGGCAGAAGCAGGUUCUGGUUUUGCUGAGGAGGGUUCUGAUUUGGCUGAGGCAAGUUCUGAUUUGGUAAAAAAGGGUUUUGAUUUGGCAGAAACAAGUUCUGGUGUUACUGAGGAGGGCUCUGAUUUGGCAGAGAAGGGUUCUGAUUUGGCUGAGGCAAAUUCUGGUUUUGCUGAGGAAGGCUCUGAUUUGGCAAAGAAGGGUUCCGAUUUGGCUGAGGCAAAUUCUGGUUUUGCUAAGGAGGGCCCUGAUUUGGCAGAGAAGGGAUCUGGUUUGGCAGAAGCAGGAUCUGGUUUUGCUGAGGAGGGUUCUGAUUUGGCAGAGAAGGGUUCUGGUUUGGCAGAAGCAGGUUCUGGUUUUACUGAGGAGGGUUCUGAUUUGGCUGAGGCAAGUUCUGAUUUGGUAAAAAAGGGUUUUGAUUUGGCAGAAACAAGUUCUGGUGUUACUGAGGAGGGCUCUGAUUUGGCAGAGAAGGGUUCUGAUUUGUCUGAGGCAAAUUCUGGUUUUGCUGAGGAGGCUUCUGACUUGGCUGAGACAAGUUCUGAUUUGGUUAAAAGUCUCCAGAAGUCGGGAUACCAGUUUCCGGUUUACUUUCGCGUUGCCCAAAAUGUCACUAUUUACAAGAUGUCUCUGAGAUCUGCCUAA